AUGUAUCUUUUGUCUACUCUCACAUUCUGCCUAUACCUCCGCCUCGCCGUAGCGCACGGUGAUCAUGACGCCCCUGCCUCGGGCGAGUCAAUUCAACAAUAUGCAGAGCGACACAUGGCCAAGGAGCAUCACAUUGAUUCGUUUGAUGCGUCCAGCUUCUUCCAGCUUCACGAUUUGAACCGAGACGGUGUUUGGGACCGCGAGGAGAUUGAGGCGAUCUAUGGCGUCCACCACGUCUAUUCGCAGAAGAAAUCCAAGGACGACAUUGAACACCAAAAGAAAGCCGAUCACAUUGUAAAUACUGUUCUUGGUCGAUUGGACAAGGACAAAGACGGCAAAGUGACACUGGAAGAAUUUUUGAGUGUUGGGCUUGAUGGUCUGCCAAACUUUGAUGACUUGGGUGCUGAGGGACAUCACUACGACGUGGAGAGCGAGUUCUUCCUCCAUCACGAAGAGGAGUUCCACUCUACGCCUGAGACGCAGACAGAUGAAUCGUACGUUCAUCCUGAGGACAUUGAGCAUUUCGCCCAGCACGAAGCAAUCGAACGCCAGGAGGCCGAGCGUGAAGCUCGCUUUCAGGGUAUCUCCGUCGAUGAAGCGCUCGCUCAGCAUGAGCCACAUGACAACGCACAGGCCCCAGUCAAGGCGCCAGACCAACAACAGGCAGAUACAACGUCUCCCUCUGCUCCACGUGUGACGCGGAGCAAGCCUGAGAUUGACGACCCCGUAGCGCGCUACUCGAGUAUCAAAGCAGAGGGUCAAUGGGGUGAGGGUGAUGCCGGAUACACGCCGCCAAAGCUGCCGUCGGAUAGGCUCAAGAAGAACUUGCCGUAUAAGUACAAAUUUCGGAGAACCUGGGGCGAUUUCUGA